AUGUCGGACACUGCUGCUACCGCUGUGGCUGUUGCUUCGCCCGUGAAGAAGACUUCACCCAGGAAGGCCUCCCCGAAGAAGGCUGCGGCGGCGAGGAAGCCAGCUGCCAAGAAGCCAGCAGCUAAGAACGCUGCGAGGAAGCCAGCUGCCAAGAAGCCAGCAGCCAAGAAGCCAGCUGCUAAGAAGGCUGCAGCCAAGAAGCCAGCAGCCAGGAAGCCGGCAGCCAAGAAGCCAGCUGCCAAGAAGGCUGUUAAGAAGCCCGUGGCAAAGAAGGCGGCGAGGAAGGCGCCGAGGAAGGCCGUGAAGAAGGCCCCAAAGAAGAAGUAG